AAAUAAAGUCGAAAAUGAAAUAUUAUCAACAAUAAUAUAGAGAGAAAUCGUGUAAAAUAACGUUCACACAUUUAAUACAACACAUUGUCUGAUUUAGUCAAAGAUAAAAAUUCUCAAUAUAUGUACAUACAAUUUCCUCAAGAAGAAAAAUAAAACAGAACACAAGAAAGUGUCCUAGAGAGAUAUGAUGAGAAGUGUACAAAACUACCACCAUUCUUACAUCUUCAUCAUCUUAAUUCUGUUUCUUGCUUUCUCUGUUUUUGCAAACACUUUUUCUGCCACAGAAUCUCUCACUAUCUCAAGCAACAAAACCAUUAUAUCCCCUAAUCAAAUCUUCGAGCUCGGUUUCUUCAAUCCCGCCUCAAGUUCGCGUUGGUAUCUCGGGAUAUGGUUCAAGAUAAUCCCUAUAAGAACCUACGUAUGGGUUGCAAACAGAGACAAUCCUCUCUCUAGUUCCAACGGAACUCUCAAAAUAUCCGGCAAUAACCUCGUCAUUUUCGAUCAAUCCGAUGGACCAGUUUGGUCGACGAAUAUAACCGGAGGAGAUGUGAGAUCACCAGUUGUUGCAGAGCUUCUUGAUAACGGUAACUUCGUGCUUAGAGACUCCAAAAAUAACGAUACAAGUGGGUUUUUGUGGCAGAGUUUCGAUUUUCCGACUGAUACUUUACUAUCGGAGAUGAAAUUGGGAUGGGAUAACAAAACCGGAUAUAGCAAAUUAUUGAGAUCUUGGAAAACCACAGAUGAUCCAUCAAGCGGCGAUUUCUCGAUUAAACUCCGAACCAGCGGUUUCCCUGAGUUUUACGUAUGCAAUAGAGAGUCCAUAACAUACCGGAGCGGUCCAUGGAUCGGAAAUCGUUUUAGCAGCGUACCAGGGACGAAGGCACUUGAUUACAUAGUUAACAAUUUUACUAUGAGUAAUCAAGAAGUGGCUUACACAUACCGAGUCAACAAAACCAACAUUUACUCGAUAUUAAGCCUAAGCUCCACGGGAUUAUUACAACGAUUAACUUGGAUGGAGGCAGCACAGAGUUGGAAACAGUUAUGGUACUCACCAAAGGACCUAUGUGAUAACUACAAAGAGUGUGGGAACUACGGUUAUUGCGAUGCGAACAGUUCACCGGUUUGUAAUUGUAUCAAAGGGUUUGAGCCAAUGAAUGAUCAAGUGGCUUUGAGAGAUGAUUCUGUUGGUUGCGUGAGGAAGACGAAUCUGAGUUGUGAUGGUAGAGAUGGGUUUGUGCGGUUGAAGAAGAUGAGACUGCCAGAUACUACGACGACAAUUGUGGACAAAGGAAUUGGGUUGAAAGAAUGUGAAGAGAGGUGUCUAAAAGAUUGUAAUUGUACGGCGUUUGCUAAUACGGAUAUUCGGAAUGGCGGGUCAGGUUGUGUGAUUUGGACCGGAGAGCUGUUGGAUAUUCGAAAUUAUGCUCAGGGAGGUCAGGAUCUUUACGUUAGAAUAGCCGCUGCUGAUCUCGUUGAUCAAGUGAGAAGCCAAGAUUCGCUAAUGAACGAAGUGGUAAUAUCAAGCAGGAUUUACAAAUCCAAAGAAAAUAAAACAGAGUAUCUAGAGCUCCCAAUGAUGGAGUUGAAAGCUCUAGCCAUGGCAACAAACAAUUUUUCUAACGACAACAAGCUUGGACAAGGUGGUUUCGGUAUUGUUUACAAGGGAAGGUUACUUGAUGGAAAAGAUAUCGCGAUUAUAAGUGGCAAAAGAAAUAAAGGAUUUUACAACUCGAACCAUGAUCUUAAUCUCCUCAGUUUUGUGUGGAGGCAUUGGACGGAAGGAAAAGGGCUAGAGAUUGUAGAUCGGAUCAACAUAGAUUCUUCAUCAUCAACGUUCCGGACACAAAUCUUAAGGUGUAUACAAAUUGGUCUCUUGUGUGUUCAAGAACGAGCCGAAGACAGACCAGAGAUGUCCUCGGUAAUGGUGAUGCUUGGAAGCGAAACUACGGCUAUUACUCAGCCUAAACGUCCUGGUUUUUGCAUUGGGAAAAGACCUCUUGAGGCUGACUCUUCUUCAAGUACACAGUGCGACGAUGAAUGUUCAGUGAACCAAAUCACUCUCUCAGUCAUUGACGCUCGGUAAUUUGUAAUUUCCCGACCCAAUCUGUUUAUAUGCAUAUUAUAAUAUAUGUAAAUCUUAAUA